UUUUAAUUUGUUGUUUUUUAAAGGCGUUAAAAAGUGAAAUUAAUGCAAAAUUUAAAUUACUCGUUUAUUUUUUUAUUGUUUUGCGAGCAAAUAGCUUGUUGCAUAAAUGCAAUCAAUAAAUGGGAUCCGGUGAAACCCCCCAAAGCUCGUUGGGGACCCAAUAUGCAAAUGCUACGAUUACACAACACCCCAGCAUUCGAUUAUUGGUCAGAGAAUCACGAAGAAAAUAUCUGGGAACUAAGUGGUUUAUUUGAGGGUGAUAUUAUGUUACAUCGCGACUACUUGCGUAAUGGUCUACUUAAUGAAAAAUCGACUUGGCCCGAUGCCACGGUACCAUUUUAUAUUGAUAGCCAUGAUUUCAAUGAAGCACAAAUCAUGCUAUUACUCAAAGCUUUCAAAGAAUAUCAUGAAAAAACUUGUAUUCGUUUUCGACCAUAUGAGAAGGGUGACAAAAACUGGAUAGUACUCAAAGGUAAUUAUUCCGGCUGCUGGUCCAGUGUUGGACGUCGCCUAGGCGGACAGGUCUUAAAUCUAAAUGCACCGAAGUGUGUAACGCAUGGUGUGAUAGUACAUGAACUUCUACAUGCUUUGGGUUUCUACCAUCAGCAGUCGGCAACAGAACGAGAUGAUUAUAUUAAAGUUAAUUGGGAGAAUAUUAUACCGGGUCACGAGCACAAUUUCAACAAAUAUGCUCGUACCCAUGUCAGCAAUUUCGGUGUGGAAUAUGACUAUCAAAGUGUUAUGCACUAUAGUUCAAAAGCUUUUACAAAGAACGGUGAAAACACUAUAGAACCAUUGGAUCCGAAUGCUUCUUUUGGACAACGCAAAGGUCUAUCCCAAAAGGAUAUAGCAAAAUUGAAUAAAAUGUACGAAGAGGAUUGCAAUGAUCUUGACGCGCUUAGCUUUAAUAGCUUACCCAAUUAUUUAAAUGAUAUAAUUGAUUAUUUUCAAGGUACACUUAAUAGCUAUUUUCGGUAAAAAAGAGAAUAAAAAUAA